AUGCUCAACCUCAAUGACAGGUUAUUCGGAUUUAGUGGUGCCAUCAGUCCUGGCGGUCCAAGUGUCUGGCACAUCACAGACUGGGAUCAGCGGCGCCUAGUGUCCGUUAUGAUGGACGAGGAGCAGGAAGAAGAGGACGAAGCGCGUGGUCAUCUUCUCAAGUACAUCAAUGACCUCCCACCUGACGUCCAUCAAAUUCACGUAUCCCCUACCGGCGAACUCAUUUCCGUGUCCAACGAUCCAAAGGACGAUCCAACGUAUUUUCCUUACUACCCACCACUGAGUGAAGUUCAGAAUCCAAAUAAUGCCCCAGUGGUCUCGCGGGCAGAUCUCUAUGAACUUGACAGGCUGGGACCAAUGGUCGACCUUGUGAUAUGCCCGCGGUCAGAACCUACAAGGCAGCUCGUGUUCAAGUACUAUUUUCACAUCCAACGUUUACGCUUUAUAUGGCACGAAAUGAAUCUGUGGAUGCGUCUGCCCAAGCAUCCCCAUAUUGUACCGUUUGACAAGAUUGUCGUGGAUGAACUUGAAGGGCGAUUAGUCGGGUUUACAACUCUAUACAUCCCCGGGGGCACAUUGGAAGAGAACACAUCUCGCAUGUUCAAACUAAAAUGGCUUCAUCAGCUGACGAGCGUGGUCGACGAGCUAAAUCUGAACCUGGGAAUCGCUCAUCAGGAUGUUGCUGCACGAAACCUUGUGAUAGAUGAGACGACGGAUUCCCUGAUGAUAUUCGACUUUAAUUUCUCGGCUCGCAUCGGGAAGCCAGAAUGUGAGGAGGUCAGGAACGAUAUCAAGGGAGUCUUAUUCACCAUGUACGAGAUUAUAACCCGCCACGAUGACCUUCGCAGAGUAAGACACGAAGAGCAAGAUGCCUCUGUCAUUGAACAAGCCGAAUGGGUGAAGCAUCCAGAUGUUCUCCUGGACCAUCCAGUCUCCGAGUUUCGCAAAGUUUUGACAGAGUGGUGCCAAAAGCGAAAGAACGGGGAGAAGGCGGGCGUGCACACAGACACCCCCAAUUUCGUGGACUGGCCACCUCUUCCAGAUGCUCCACUUUCUGGGAUCGAAUUUCGCCUCACAGAUGGAACGACAAGGACGGAAUUUUGGAAGAGAGAUAUGUGGAGAAGAAGUGAGCUGCGAGAAAAGGGCAAGACUAUUCUCAACUGGCAGCGACGUGCCCAGGUAAAGCUCGAGCCGAGGAGACUAAGUGGGAUUGAGAGCAAGCAGUACAAUGAUCAGCUGGUUGAUCCUGCUGCCGGAGACUUUGGCGAUGCUGAAGACUACGUCCGACUGGGUUAUGUAAAGAGGACACCAUAG